CUAUUGAAAGAUAGUAUCAGUCUGGUAUGAAGACUAAAUACCAGCGACACGUGUUGGAAAUAAUCACUGAACAUGUAGAUAUAUCCGUGAACUGAACUCAGCAUGCUGCGCACUUAACAUGCUGUAUGCCAUUCCAUCUUCCCUAAUAACAAUGAAUGUGCUGCAUCACCACACGCAUGAAUGGAGCUUUUGUUGACAAAGACCGGGGAUGACUGCACCGUAUACAUUUAUCCUCAUAACUAUAAUUUGCACUUGUAUGAUUCGCUGAUUCGCUGAGGAGUCGAGAGGGAGAGCCUUGUCUAAAAAAAAUCGUUUUCUCUGAGACUUUACUCUGACAGUCAAUGCUAAGUCAAGUGGGAGCUGAGAGUAAGUGCCGUGUCUCUGGCUCAAUGGCGAGUGAAGUUGUCGUUAUCAAUGGCUCUCCGAAUGGCUCUUCCGCAUCCGCAUCACCUGAAAUGGACCAAUCUGGUCUACGAAAGCAUAUGAUCUGCCCUACUUGUCGAUGUAACUGUAUGUGUAAGGACGGAAAACACCUAUUUUCAUUCUCAAACCAUGCUCGUGAAAAAAUUCAAUGUUCAGCUUCAAAUGAGUGGCAAGGAAAGGGUUCAGGCUCUACCAGUGCUAGCAUGCUCGGAGCAGAAUUGCCUACUCCCCUCGCUAAACGUCAUUGUGAGCAUCCAAAAAGAUCUACGGAUCACAUCAUGAACGGAAAUUCUCAGUUUAUCACAGAAUCAAACAACAAUACCGGUGAGGUACUGAAGGUGAUGGUCACCGGAGGUGCGGGCUACCUAGGAACUACAAUUGUACCUAUGCUUCUAGCUCGUGGCCAUGAAGUCAAGAUCUAUGAUCGUCUUAGCUGGGGUGUCCAGUCUAUCCUACCUAUUGUAGGGUCACCUAAGCUCACAGUGGUGCGUGGAGACAUCCGAGACAAUGACAAACUGGCCAGGGAGAUGGAAGACUGCAACGUUGUCAUCCAUCUAGCUGCCAUCGUUGGUUACCCAGCCUGCGAGAAGGACCCUGAUGAAGCCAAGGAAGUUAAUGAAGAUGGUACAGCCAACAUCAUCAAGAACCUCAGACGGGACCAACAGCUUAUUUACGCAUCCACAGGCUCCUGCUAUGGAGCAGUUGAUGGCACCUGCACUGAAGAAACGCCCAUCAGUCCUUUAACCCUCUAUGGAAGCACCAAGGCUAAAGGAGAAGAGCUGACCAGAUCUGUUGGUGGUGUUGGACUUCGGCUGGCUACUGUAUUUGGCAUAUCUCCAAGGUUACGUCUUGACCUCCUGAUCAACGACUUGACCCACAAGGCUGUAACCUUGAAGCACUUUGACCUCUACCAGGGUAGCUUCCGAAGGACCUUCCUGCAUGUCAGGGAUGCUGCUAGGGCAUUCCUUAUUGCCAUGGACAACUAUAAAACCAUGAGUGGCCAGGCGUUCAACGUUGGCCAUGAAUCCAUGAACAUGACCAAGAGGGAUGUGGCUGAUACCAUUCAAGAUCUUGUCCCAGAGUGCAAGAUCACCACUUCCAACAACGGAGAGGACAAAGACAAGAGGGACUAUGAGGUAUCCUAUGCAAAACUGCGCAAGCUUGGCUUCAAACCCACUAUCACCGUGAAAGACGGUAUCAAGGAACUGCUCAAAGUGGUUCCCCACAUGACCGAGAAUGAAGUCCGGAUUGCACGUAAUGUUUAAGGAUCAUGUGUGUGAAAAUGUAGUGGAUGUUAGGCUGUAUACGAAAAGCAGAAUUUAUGACUUGUGACCUUAAGAUCAGUAGAUAUCAACAGUCAAUACUUUGUGAUAACAUGCAUUUUUGUAAUUAAGAAUACAGAUAUGCAAUGUCUUAAUUGCAAUAUUCCAAGGUUUGUAAAGGUUUCCAAAUCGUGUUUUAUUUUUAUACAUACAAUGUAUGCUUUUUCAAUCAACCUUUAUUUAAAAUUUGUCUUAAAAGGAAAUUGGCAGUAUCUCCUUGCUAAUGAAAAGAGUGCUUCAUUGCUAAUAAUAGUAAGGAAUUAAAUGCAGGUCCAUGUCACCUCUCUCACCCCAUCUAUGUGCCCACCCCCCCCCCUCCCCACCCCCACAAAAUAAAAUGAAAUACUGCAUGACUAUAGAGUUUUUCAAUUACAGGACAGACAUAAAGCCCCUAGUUUAUGCAUUCGAAAGAAAGCACAUUUUAAUUGCUCCCUUUUUAUCAUCACAUUAUAUUAGAAUGUUUUGAGGUUGUAAAAGACCUCUAAGGCGAAGGCUAGGAGACCGCUACGGUAAAGAGGAGGUGACACAACAUUUUCAUCAAGUUAGGGUUUGGGUUGCAGACUCUGCAGUAGGGGGUUUAAUGUUAGGUUUAGGGUUACGUUUAGGAUAGGGUAUAGUGUUAAAUCCAGUGUUGAAGUUGGUCAUUCUGUUAGUGUAAAGAGUUGACGGAGCAAAUGUCACGGAACCUGUAGAGGAUAUUGAAGCAUUCAAAACUUCAAUUAGACAAGUGUAAGUACAAUUGAAAUAAUAACUACAACAUUCAGGCAUUAUUGAUUUUGGAUCCCUUGUAUAUUAUGGUACAGGUAAUCAACUUUGCUUUUUAUAACAAAAGCAGUAUUGUUUUUAUAUUAUAUAUUUUAUUAUAUCUUGUUCAUUGUGGAAAUGAGAGAACAUAUAAUGUCAAAACCCUAUUUCAUUUAUUUUCUGUUACAUGAAAUAUGAAGUAAUUGAAUUAUUUCAUUUUGCAAUGGAGAAUAUAGUUUGACUUCAAUCAAUCAAUUCAGUCAAGAGUCUAUAUUUUGAUGAAAAUUUGAUGUUUGAUAAUAAAUAGUGAGUGUAUGACACUAUCAUCUCUUCCAUUUCCACAUAUCACCUUUAAUGUGUUUAUCACUACUUUGUGGAAACGAGAUAUUCAAAUAAUCUUACAAGCCUUUUAAAAGUAGGGCCAUAAUCCUAGAAUCCUCUGAAUAAUUUUAAUAGAAAAAUGAUUUUUUUUAAAUUAGAAAAAGUGAAGUAUUUUUAAUAUGAAAUCUGUUCUGCUAUAGGACAUUGCUUUGGGCUGCUCUUAAACACAUGUACGUACGUACCAUGUUUCAUAAAGACUUAAAAAUGCAACAAUUCUACAAUCAGCCAAUCAAAUUGAAUGAAUUUAUUAGCUUUAAGCUGUUAAGUCAUAAGUUUUAUGAAACAGGAACUGAAAAAGGUGAUACGAAAAUGCUACAGGUAUUUCUCUCUGAGUGAUUGGCUCUAUUCACUGCAACAUUUUGCUCAACCAUUAUUAUUUAUUAUGAAAAAUACAUAUUGUGCUUACCAGGGAGCGUUAGAAGUAAAACUGUGUAAAUAAAAAGGGAAAAUGUGAAUAAUAGUUCACAUUUCAAUUGUUCAGCUUUCAUAAUUCUCUGGGCCGUGUCGAUUGGCUUUGGUAAGAUUUUUGCACCGUCUGCAGCUUUGAAAAACCACAAUCGAUUGAAUGGAUUAUGCAUCAUAAAAGUGAAUUCGUUGUGGCUAAUGGUUCAAUGCAUGCCCUUUUUAAAUAUUUGUGUAGGUGUCUAGUGUAUUGUGAAAAAAAGUGUGAUUAUCUCUUGAAAUGUUUAGCGUGAAUGCAUAACAAAAUUAGUAUUUGCUUACAGGGUAACCAUUUAUACUUAAGUGAAGUUUUCAUGUUGUAACCCUCCUUGCC